ACAGCCGCCAGGCCCGAACCACCGAUUGGCUGAUUUGGGUCACAUGACCAGGAAUUGGCUGCAAUUUCGUCCCAUAGUUGUUCAGUUUAGCCUACCCAGGUCCCCAUACGCUACUAUUAUAACCAAUAUACACAAUUAUGAUAUAGCCACCGCAUUUACGCCACUACGGUCAGAAGCCUAUGGAGCUGCGUUUUUUUUUAGACCAAGUAUUAUUUAUUUUCUUAAUCAGCCAUGUUUUGUGAUGUGCAUGUGUACGCGUGCGUAUAGGCCUAUGAGGGUUUUAUUAUUAUUAUUAUUUUAUUUCGGGAAAGGGAUUAUUCUGGGCUCUCGUCGUUUAGGGAGGGCACUGGUCUGAGGAAGCUAUGAAUUUUGAAUUUGAGAGGGAGAUCGGGUUUAUAAACAGCCAGCCGUCCCUAGCAGAGUGCUUGACGUCCUUCCCCGCCGUCCUGGAGUCAUUUCAAACUUCAUCAAUCAAGGAGUCGACAGUAAUUCCGCCUCCCUUCGAGCACACCAUCCCCAGCUUUAGCCCUUGCACAGCCACCCAGCCGAAACCAGCUUCUGGGAGUCCGCAAAGCCGGAGAAGCUCUGCUACAAAUGACCACCAGACCCAUCACCGCGCCGUACAGCAGCCAUGCCCGCCUGGCCAGGCCCCUGCACCGGCUACCCCGGCUGGUCCGCUGGCUCACGAGUUUCCCUGGAUGAAAGAGAAGAAGUCAUCCAAGAAAUGCCCCAAGCCAGGAAUCAGCUCCAGCGGGGGUGGAUCCAUCAUCUCACCGACAUCAUCCUACCCUUCACCAAACGCCUCUGGGUACGCUUCGGCGGGCAUCGAGUCACCCACAGCAGACUCCAGCCAGGUUGGCCUGGAUGUCGGUGGAGCUGGGUCCCGUCGUCUGCGCACCGCCUACACCAACACGCAGCUUUUGGAGCUGGAAAAGGAAUUCCACUUUAACAAGUACUUAUGUCGGCCGAGGAGAGUGGAAAUCGCCGCUCUUUUAGAUCUUACAGAGCGACAGGUCAAAGUUUGGUUUCAGAAUCGUAGGAUGAAACACAAGCGGCAGACCACACACCAUCGGGAUGGAGGCGGAGGAAGUCCGUGUUCCAGCGGAUUUGAGCCGCUGGAAGGGGCCGAUGCCUCGUCCCCUUACUCGAGUCAGCCGCUGGAAGCGUCGGAGGAAAGCACAACAGAGAGCGAACAGGGGAGCGGUGCGCUUUUGACUGCUAUUCCCGGCGCCUAUAGCACCACUGACAACGGAAACAAUGCACAACCCACGCAGGAGGACACAGGCCGUGUGAGUCAGCAGCAGCCAGGGACAUCUGGCUCAACGGACUCUGCUGCGGCUCUGCGAUCCCCGACGAACUCAACUGACAGCACCGGUCUGAGGCCCCACAGCGGGCCUGGGACUGCACCAGGAGCCGAGCCGUCUUUUUUUGACCACCGGGAUUCAUCCGUCGCUCCAUCUGAAUCUCACGCGUCCUCCUCAUCAUCAUCCACCGCGCUAUCCGACCUGACUCUUUUCACCGAGGACGCCUGCUUGUCUCCCAGCCUGCAAAGCUCCCUGGAUAGUCCGGUGGAUUUUUCCGAGGAGGACUUCGACUUGUUCACAAGCACACUGUGCACCAUAGAUUUACAAUACCUCAACUUCUGAAGGUAGUGGCAACGGUUCAACAAGAGGAAUAUCAUAAAGACACCAGACACACCAGGGUAGAAGCGACCUUUGUGGAUGAACAAUCAGCAGAAAAACAUCCAACAGGACUGUCGUUCUAGAAGCGUCUCGGCAAAAUUCCUGUAAGGUUAAUGAAUGAAAAUGUUGCUCUUGCUUCAGCUAAAAUUCAUUUACGCUAUUAUUUCCGUAUGGCAUUGUGGUUUAAGAGACACAGUCAGCAAAUUUCUUUUUUUUUUUUAAAUCUUUUCUUCUUUUUUUGUAGUUGCAAAAUUGUUUGCGCGUUGUUUUUUUUUUCGGCUAGAUUUUUUUUCUCCCCUUAAGACGUGAAAUAUCAGGUGUUAUUUAACUUAGGAUUUUUUUUAGAUUGUUUUUAUUUUUUGUAAGUUGAGCUUCUUCUAAUCAAUGAGAUGUUUUUUUUUUCUUGUCUGCCAGGGGUUCUGCUGCGUGGAUAAAAAAACUCAGGAACUGGUCACAGAGACUUGAUGCGGACGGCAGGACUGCUUUGGAGAAAAUAUCUCUAAAUUGACAAGAGUUGUCACUCUGAGCGAGAAGCCCUGCUGUGGAGCCGACAUGUAGACGUUAGUUUAUUUAUUAAGAUUCUUUAAUAGUGAAAAUCUAAAUUAUUUAUUGUACAAAUAUUUUCAUAGUGGGAUAAUAAUAAAGAAUAAAAAUAUAAACAACGUA